AGAAAUAGAAAUUGAAAUGAAAAAUAAGUAAAAACAGAAAUAAUUGAACGGAGCAGCCCUAAUUUGUGGCUUGUUCAAUUCUUCCAUCAUCUUCUUAGUCUUCGUUUUCAUCAUGCAAAAUAUAUUCAGUUGAAGGGUUCGAAGAUCAAGAUUGGGCUGGACAAUUUUACGCUCUGUAAUUCACUGUGCACGCUUCUUCUCUCUAAUAGGGAAGAGAGAGAAAGAAGCCGCGGCGGAACAUAUAAGCUAUACAAACCCCUCUACACAGCUCAAUUCCACAAUUUUCUCUUUGAUUUGGGGAAAUUAGUGGACGGAAAAAACAUCAGAAAUGGUAGAUUUUGCUAGGGUUCAGAAGGAAUUGCAGGACUGCAACAAAGACUUUGAGGUUUCAGGGAUAAAGGUCAGCCCUAAGGGUGACACUAAUCUCACCCACUUGUUUGGUACAAUUCAUGGUCCUGUUGGUACACCUUAUGAAGGCGGUACCUUCAAGAUCGACAUAACCUUGCCUGAUGGUUACCCUUUUGAGCCUCCCAAAAUGCGGUUUGCGACUAAAGUAUGGCACCCAAAUAUUAGCAGUCAAAGUGGUGCCAUAUGCCUUGAUAUCCUGAAAGACCAAUGGAGCCCGGCACUUACUUUGAAAACAGCACUCCUUUCUGUUCAAGCAUUAUUAUCUGCUCCCGAACCUGACGAUCCCCAGGAUGCUGUUGUAGCACAACAGUAUCUAAAAGACUACCAGACUUUUGUUGGUACGGCUCGUUACUGGACUGAGGCAUUCGCGAAAACAUUGUCUCUUGGUGUCGAGGAGAAGGUACAGAAGCUUGUGGAGAUGGGAUUUGGUGAAGCUUUGGUGAGAAGUGCUCUAGAGAGUGUUGGUGGCGAUGAGAACAUGGCUCUGGAGAAGCUAUGCUCCAGUUAGUAUUAGUAGAAGCUGCAGCCCAAAUUUGUUCAUCACUUGAUUUGAGUAUAGCAGCCACAUCUAUAUCUAUCUAUAUAUUCUACUACUACUAUAUUACUACUAAAAAACAGUCAUGGAGUGAAAAUUUUCCGCCUUCGACGA